AAAUGAAAUGGCUUGAUGUACCGUGAGAUAUUUGGUGUGAAUAAAGGGAGUCGCAGCACGUGUGGGCGUGUCCGUCCUUCAAGCUCGGGCGCGGACAGGCGGAACGUUUGCUCCGACUCAGCGCUCCGUACGGUCCCGUUUAGACGCCGGACAAACAUGAGUUCCCGAGCUGGCGGAGUACGGGUCCUGCGGUGGAGUCUGCAGUGCGCCGGUCCCACGCGCCAAACGAGCGGGGCACCUGCGCCGUUUUCAGCCACGCGCCGAGCUCUCUGCUCCGCGCGCCACGAUGACGGAUCGAAUCGGCGGACGGCGGCGCAGCGCGUGCAGCAGCAGCAGCAGCAGCCCCGCGCGGAGCUCUCGUUACAGUGUCUGACCGACGAGGGUUUCUCGGAGCCUCAGGCCAGGGCUGUGCACGAGGCGGCGCGCGCCAGCACACGCAGAUCCGACGCGCGUGUACUGCCGUCUCUGCUCGCACUCGGCUUUAAUCCCGCCAGCAUAGUGAAGCUCGUGCAGUUAUGUCCCGAGCUGUUCUCGGUUAAAGGCUCCCAGUUACAGCAGCGCGUUGGGAAUCUGAGGAAACUCGGGCUGGUGGAAGGCAGCCUGCAGCGGGUGAUAAGCUACUACCCUCAGAUCCUGUGUGUGCCGGUGAAGCGGGUGAGCCGCCUAGUUGGGCUGCUGAGGGAGAGGUGCCAGUUCACUGGCCAGCAGGUGUCCAGCAUUCUGCGGGACUCGCCUGGCCUCGUGCAGGACAAUCUUGGCCAGGUGGAGUACAUGUUUCAGUAUGUGUACUUCCGCAUGGGCUGUAGACAGGCCGACAUGGUGAAGGCAAAACUCUUCCGGGUUUCUCUGGCUGAGCUGCAGUGUCGUCAUGGUUUCCUGGAGCGCAGGGGACUGUACCAAACCCCGGACAAGAAAGGCCAGACGCUCGUCCUCAACCCCCCACUCAAAGACAUCCUCGCAGUCUCUGAGGAAACGUACCUCUCUAAGAUCGCCACAGCCACCCGGGAGGAGUUCGACGUUUUCCGGAAACUCCUGGCAAGAGAGCAGGAGGAAGAGGAUGAACAAGGUGAAGAAUGGAGCAGUGAUGAGGAGGAGGAAGAGGAUGAACAAGGUGAAGCAUGGAGCAGUGAUGAGGAGGAGGAAGUCCAUAUAAGGGCGCGAGAUCAGAACACUGGCUACAAUAAGAGAAAAAGGAAACACUGAGAGGCCCAAAUAAAAUACUGGCACUGCGCUUUGCAUUCUUAAUUAUAGCGUUUAUUUGGGGUUUCUCUUGGGGGUUGUUUUUGUUUGGGGGGUUCCUUCCCAAAAAUAAACUUUGUCAGUUAGAAGUGG